UUUGAUGGGAGGCAAUGAGAAUGAACUUUAUUUGUGAAUCACGUCAGCGUGUGUGUCAUGGUAAUGAAACUCUUUGUUUUAGUUUUCUUUUCCUCUUUUUUAGACAGUUUUUCUCAACCUGUUCGGGAAAUUUACGCGAUUAAGAUUAGAAAUUUAUGUGAAAAAAUAAUUAGGUAAAUGAAAAUGUUCCAAAAUAAAAACAUUUACGAGUUUGUCAAGGAAAUUGACAAAAAAAGUUGAGAAUCACUGAUGUAGGAAAUUCUUUUUAUUUGUGUCUGACGUCAUUUGAUAGCGAGAAAUUGAGAUGACGAUGAAAACAAAAUAAAAACAUUCUCAGUAUGAUUUAAAAAAUUGUCGCGUUGUUGAUCUUCCUUCAUUAAGACGGUCAAGGCUACGUUGGCAUUUUACUUACCAUUUUUCUCAUUCAUCCUCACGCGAUUGUAAUUCUCGAGAGGGUCAGGAUUAUCAUUAUUACUUUCUUCUUGCUGUUGUUCACUUGAUUGUUCCAUUUUUCCCAUCGUCGUCGCUUAAUACGACGUAUUCCCAUAUUACCAACCAGACCUGGAGCGACUUGUCUCAAUUGUUCCAUUCCUUGUUGAAUC